AUUGCUCCUGUGUUUUAUUGGUCAUAAAACAACGUCGUUUGAGUCGUUCAACCGUGGCUACUCUAGCGGCAACUCUGCGCUGCGAAAAACCACCACGAUCAUAGCCUUGUUCCUAAAAGGCUAAAAUCCUGGGGCCUGGGGAAAGGGAUGUAAACCCUCGUCUAGGUUUGAACCUCUCUGUCCGAGUCUCUCUGCAUGCUAAUUUCAUCGAGCACGUGGAGCGAGUGCGAGACUCCACUAGUUGAGAUGUCAUGAGGAGCCACAAGGCUAUGGUCUUAACUUUUGCAGAGAAAUGCAAGAAUAUACUGUCAUCGAAUUCGCAAGGUCAGCUUCAUACCAUCAAAGCCGACGCCAAAGGGAGCAAGGAGGACAUAUACACUUCAAAGGUUAAGUACCUGUAUAAGAGGGGGAAGCCAUACAUAUGGUUACCUGAAAGAGAUAGGCAUAAUGUGAACAUCAUCAUUGAUGAGCGCAGUUCAUUUGCAGUGACCAGUCCCUUCCCAGGACCACUUGCAAACGUACUUAGAUCAAUAAAAAAGUUACCAGCCCGUGUUGCUUUGACUGGGGAUGUUGUGCCUCUUAAAGAUGAAAAGGUUCAGUUUGUAGCAGAAAGCCUCAGAGAAAUCAUAUUGUCUGAACAAAAUGCACUUAGCAAAUCCAGCUAUUCAGUUUCUGGUAUAUUAAGUUCUUCUAAUCUUAGCUGUGCAUCUCGAAGUGAAAACCUGCAGGACCUAGUAGAUGGGAGCCAAAAAUACGUAGUUUAUAAGUUUCAUCCAAGAUCAUGCAUUUUUAUAGAUGGCAAUGGAGGCACCCAUGAAGUGCAAUUGGAAGAUGUUGAAGCGUCAAAGGCAGAUCUGUUAUCUCCUUUUUCUGCGAGGCUCAUUGAUGGGAUUAAUCAAAGUGAAGCAAGGCGUCGGGCACUGAUCCUUUUUUGUUUUAUAUACUUGAAAGCAAAUGCAAGGGAUGCAUUUAUGCUUUCCAUGGAUCGGAAAGGAUUUGAUGUAUUGGGAAAGGUUCGUGGCCCGAUGUUGAAGGAUGGCUCUUGCGAGUACCAAUGGAAGGAGUUCAGGCUCAACUUCAAGGAAGAGGCUUGUGAUGUUGAGACAUUCUGUAGGCAACUUGUUGAGAUGGAAGAGGAGGCUCUGGAGGAAGUAAAGAGUUACAGCGGCCUAGCAUGAGAACAUAUAAUCAGUUGUCAAAAUGAAGUUGCAACAUAGCCUGUUUUAUUUCAUAUUUGGGUGUGAUGGGAGAGAUGAACAAUUCCAUAAGCAUGCAAUGCAACCCUAAUUGUCAGUGAAGAUAGUUGAGGUCAUUAGAUUUCUUGCCCUUUCUGAGCUCAAUUGUGGGGCUAGAGAGGGAAGUUGUGAUUAGGCAUUUUCUGACUUCUAACUUGAGUGUAAAGUCUGGUACUAUUUUAUGUUUUGUUCCAUUUACUGCUCUACCUCAAUAUAUAAUUUUCAGUUUUGCAUGAAAGAAACAUAAAUACAAAA